AUGUCUCUCGUCGGGUACCCCGAGUGCGUCAACGGGUGCCUCCGCGCCAAACCCUCCAUCUGGGAAAACUGCCCUACUCAGCAGUACAUCUGUGCCUGCAUGACGGGUCCUCGCGCUGAUGUCUUCCUGAACGGUGCGGUGCCUUGCAUUCAGAACUGCAGCCUCGCCCAGCAGACUGCAUUCAUCAACAUCGUCCGCAGCCUCGCCAUCAACUGCACCGACAAGCCGGAUGGCGAAGGUCUUCUUGCGCACAUCGCGCCCGACAACCCCUUCAGCACCGCCAUGAAGACGGGCUUCUUCCUCCCCACCUUGACUCCGCUUCCAUCCCUUACCACGAUCAUGACCACCAAGAAGGCGUCCGCAAGUGUCCCCGUAACCGUCACUGUGACGACGGGCGGUACGACCGUGACACUGACCACCAGCAUGGCGUCCCGCGUCUCGUACUUCCCCACUUCCAACAUGACGUCCACCAUGGCGUCUCCUUCUUCUUCUUUCGUCAAUGGAACUGGAACGGCAACGGGAACGGGAGCCGUGGUCGCCACUUCGGCAGCCUCUGACUUGGAGUGGUGCUACAUGCUCCACCCAUCGAAAAUACCACAAUUCUUCUGCGACACUGGUCCGCCCGAGGCAGUCAUAAUGGUCCUAGGGGUCGCGCCCGCCAUUUUGAUGAUCGUCGCGUUUGCGGUGCAUAUGUUUCGCGAGCGCCGCAAGAUGAUCAAGGAGUGGAGGAAUGCGCAUGAGGUUCCGCCCACGCGCCCUUUGUCCUCUGAUUCCGGUUCUUCUGGUUCUUCUGGAUCUUCUUCUGAGAUGCAGGAACUCAGAAGGAAUGACUUCCCGGCUGGUGAGGCGGGGAGAUUUCCGCUCGGCGGUGCUGGUCCUAGUGUUGCUGGACCCAGUGGUACUGGUGGACGCAACAACAACAAGCAGAAGAAGAAGAAGGCUGCCGCCAAGAAGAAGAACAAGAAGGAAGCCGCGAAGGAGGCGGACGAGGAGGACUGGGAUACUUGGGAGAGAUAUCUGGCCAGGCUUGAGAGGGGUGAGAGGGUUGCGUAA